AUGCUUAUUAGGAGAAUAAUAUGGACUAAUUGGAAUCAGUUCAACAUCGAAUUCAAUCCUGAUUCCAUUCACGACACGCCGGAGAUGAUAAGAAAAGCGGGUUAUCUUGUGGAAUCUCACGUUGUAAUGACAGAAGACGGCUAUCUCUUGACGUUACAUCGUAUCCCAAGUGGCAAUGAUUCUUUACCCGUGCUGCUGCAGCAUGGUCUUUCUAUCACCUCCGCUGUCUGGCUUUUUCUUGGCAAAGGCAAAGCAUUCGCUUACCUAUUAGCGGAUCAGGGAUACGAUGUUUGGUUGGGAAAUGUUCGAGGUAAUAUAUACUCGAAGGCGCAUAUUUCCCUGUCUCCUUCAACUUCGACAUUUUGGAAUUUCAAAUCCCAACCAUUGCACACAUCUAUUGGUCAUUCUAUGGGCGCAACUAGUUUUUUUAUAAUGGCAUCAGAGCGUCCGAAAAUCGCUCAAAUGGUGCAAAUGAUGGUCGGUCUCGCGCCAGCAGUCUUUAUGAACUACAUGAAGAGUCCGAUUCAAUACUUCUUCCCAUUUAUAAGGGAAUUAAAGAUACCGAUGCAAUUGCUCUUCCACGGUGAAUUCUUACAAAGCGACAUUGUGAGAUUUUUGGCGAGAAAUAUAUGCAAUGAUAACAUCAUCGCAAAGAUCAUCUAUUUCAAUUUGCUGUUUAUGCUUGUAGGUGAUGAUCCCAAGCAGUUUAGCUAUUCUCUGCUGCCUGUCAUCUUGAAUCACUAUCCAACAAGCGCCUCUGUUAAAACGCUACUGCAUUACGCCCAAAUAUUUGAAUCGGGCAAGUUUCGUAAAUACGAUUACGGUCGCAUGAAAAAUCUGUUUAUCUAUAAUUCUACAGAACCACCGAAUUAUGAUUUAUCGAAUAUUACAGUAUCAGUCGCGUUGUUUUACGAUAAUAACUGGAUAAUCAGCACAGAGGAUAUAAAAAGAUUGUGCCAUUCACUGCCCAAUGUAGUGGAUAUGUACGAAGUGCCGUGGUCCAAAUUCAAUCACGUGGAUUUCAUAUUGGCUAAAGAUGCGUCAAAACUCGUAUACGACAGGAUUCUCAAGAUCAUGAGAAGAAAAAAUCCAAACAACAUUACAUCAGUGAAAUAAUAUUGUCAGCAAUCAAAAUUAAAGAUAAAUGUUACACGCUAAAUCUUCGGUAAUAUUGAUGAUUGUAAUCGUUCAUUCAAUGAAAUGUAAACUUAUAAUAUCUUAGUAUUAUUUACAAUAUCCAAAAAUGUUUAUUAAGCGUUUAAAGAUUCGGGAGCAUUGUUUUUAUAAAUCGUAGAUGGAACAACUAAUUUAGAAACAUU